GUGGGCAUAUACGUUGACUUCAAGGCAGUCAGGACUAUAACUUCAGUACCUUGGCCCAGAGCAGAUAGUACUAAGUUUCUGCUGGGGCCUGGUACUGGAUUCUCCUUCUUUUCCCAAGAAAUCGGCUGCAUGAAGACAAGAUAACUUUUGGGGACAGUCAGCCUCCUCUCCUCCCCUUCUCUUCUUCACUUCUUCCCACAAAGCUUUUGCAUGUCUAAUAUUUAGACAUGUUUAACUUUGUGGAUUCAAGGACACUAGUGCUGUUCGCAGCCACACAAGUGAUAUUAUUAGCAGUUGUAAGAUGCCAAGAGGAAGACAUCCGGCAAGGUGGCGUAAAGGGUCAGAAAGGCGAACCCGGUGAUAUUAAAGAUGCAGUAGGACCAAAAGGACCUCCAGGACCACAGGGACCUGCUGGUGAACAAGGACCAAGAGGUGAUCGCGGAGACAAAGGCGAAAAAGGUGCACUCGGACCCCGUGGAAGAGAUGGCGAACCUGGUACUCCUGGAAACCCAGGACCCCCUGGCCCACCUGGAAACCCUGGCCUUGGCGGAAACUUUGCUGCUCAGAUGACAGGAGGUUUUGACGAGAAAGCUGGUGGUGCACAGAUGGGUGUUAUGCAAGGACCAAUGGGCCCUAUGGGACCCAGAGGACCUCCUGGACCAUCUGGCUCCCCUGGACCUCAAGGUUUCCAAGGAAAUCCCGGUGAACCUGGUGAAUCUGGUGCUGCUGGCCCCAUGGGUCCCCGUGGUCCUCCUGGCCCCGCUGGAAAGCCUGGUGAUGAUGGUGAAGCUGGCAAACCUGGUAAAUCUGGUGAACGUGGACCCCCAGGACCACAGGGUGCUCGUGGAUUCCCUGGAACCCCAGGACUUCCAGGAGUAAAAGGACACAGAGGUUACCCUGGUCUGGAUGGCACAAAGGGAGAAUCUGGUGCUGCUGGUGCCAAGGGUGAAGGUGGUUCUCCUGGUGAGGCUGGCGCUCCUGGCCCAAUGGGUCCACGUGGUCUCCCCGGUGAGAGAGGACGUCCCGGAGCUUCUGGUGCUGCUGGUGCUCGUGGUAAUGAUGGUCUUCCUGGUCCUGCUGGCCCACCUGGACCUGUUGGCCCAGCUGGAGCUCCUGGUUUCCCUGGUGCCCCUGGCUCUAAGGGUGAAGCUGGUCCCACUGGUGCUCGUGGUCCUGAGGGUGCUCAAGGUCCCCGGGGAGAGUCUGGAACACCUGGAUCCCCUGGACCUUCUGGCGCUUCUGGUAACCCUGGUACUGAUGGCAUCCCCGGAGCUAAAGGUUCAAGUGGUGGUCCCGGUAUUGCUGGCGCUCCUGGUUUCCCUGGCCCACGUGGUUCACCUGGGCCACAAGGUGCCACCGGCCCUCUUGGUCCCAAAGGUCAACAGGGUGAACCUGGUGUUGUAGGUUUCAAGGGUGAACAAGGUCCCAAGGGUGAAAUUGGACCCUCAGGUCCUCAGGGAGCUCCUGGUCCAGCUGGUGAAGAAGGCAAAAGAGGUGCCCGUGGUGAGCCUGGCGCUGCUGGUCCAAAUGGUCCACCUGGUGAAAGAGGCGCUCCUGGUAAUCGUGGUUUCCCCGGUCAAGAUGGUCUUGCUGGACCAAAGGGUGCUCCUGGUGAUCGUGGUGUCCCUGGUCUUGGUGGUCCUAAGGGAGGUAAUGGAGAUCCUGGCCGUCCUGGUGAACCUGGUCUCCCUGGUGCUAGAGGUCUCACUGGUCGCCCUGGUGAUGCUGGUCCUCAAGGAAAAGUUGGUGCAACUGGUGCUUCUGGUGAAGAUGGUCGCCCCGGACCUCCUGGUCCUCAGGGUACCCGUGGUCAGCCUGGAGUUAUGGGUUUCCCUGGACCUAAGGGUGCCAAUGGUGAAGCUGGCAAGCCUGGUGAGAAAGGACUGUUUGGUGCUCCUGGUCUAAGAGGUCUGCCCGGAAAAGAUGGUGAAACUGGUGCUCAGGGUCCAGGUGGUCCAGCUGGACCUGCUGGUGAGAGAGGUGAACAAGGUCCUCCUGGUCCAUCUGGCUUCCAGGGUCUUCCAGGUUCUCCAGGUCCUCCUGGUGAAGGUGGCAAACCAGGUGAUCAGGGUGUUCCAGGAGAAGCUGGUACUCCCGGUCUUGUUGGUCCAAGAGGUGAACGUGGUUUCCCAGGAGAACGUGGCUCUUCAGGUCCUCAAGGUCUCCAAGGUCCUCGUGGUCUUCCCGGUACUCCUGGUACUGAUGGUCCUAAGGGUGCUGGUGGCCCAACAGGUCCAAAUGGUGCUCAAGGUCCACCUGGUCUUCAAGGUAUGCCCGGUGAAAGAGGAACUUCUGGUAUUCCUGGACCUAAAGGUGACAGAGGUGACACUGGUGAGAAGGGUCCAGAAGGUGCUUCUGGAAAAGAUGGUGGUAGAGGUUUGACUGGUCCAAUUGGUCCACCUGGUCCUUCUGGUCCUAAUGGCGAGAAGGGAGAAUCUGGUCCUCCAGGUCAAUCUGGGGUUGUUGGUGCCCGUGGUGCUCCUGGUGAUCGUGGUGAGACUGGUCCACCUGGUCCUGCUGGUUUCGCUGGCCCACCUGGUGCUGAUGGCCAACCUGGUAUCAAGGGUGAGCAGGGAACAUCUGGCCAGAAGGGUGAUGCUGGUGCUCCUGGUCCACAAGGUUCAUCUGGUGCUCCUGGUCCACAGGGUCCAACUGGUGUAAAUGGUCCUAAAGGAGCACGUGGUGCCCAAGGUCCCGCUGGUGCUACUGGAUUCCCAGGUGCUGCAGGCAGAGUUGGUCCCCCUGGCGGCAAUGGAAACCCUGGUCCACCUGGUCCACCUGGAGCUUCUGGAAAAGAUGGACCCAAGGGAACUCGUGGGGAUGGUGGUCCUCCUGGCCGUUCUGGUGAUCCAGGUCUUCAGGGUCCUGCUGGUCCUCCUGGUGAGAAGGGAGAGCCUGGUGAAGAUGGUCCUUCUGGUCCUGAUGGUCCUCCAGGUCCUAAUGGUUUGGCUGGACAGCGUGGUAUUGUUGGAUUGCCUGGUCAGCGUGGUGAGAGAGGAUUCCCUGGUCUUCCUGGACCCUCUGGUGAGCCUGGAAAACAAGGAAACGCUGGAGGUUCUGGUGACCGUGGACCCCCUGGCCCUGUUGGCCCACCUGGUUUGACUGGACCUUCUGGAGAGCCUGGACGUGAAGGUAACCCUGGAUCUGAUGGUCCUCCUGGCCGUGAUGGUGCUGCUGGCGUGAAGGGUGACCGUGGUGAGACUGGCCCUCUUGGUGCUCCUGGUGCUCCUGGUUCCCCUGGUGCUCCUGGCCCAGUCGGCCCAACAGGAAAACAAGGAGACAGAGGAGAAUCUGGUCCUCAAGGUCCUUUGGGUCCAUCUGGUCCUGCAGGUGCUCGCGGUCUAGCUGGUCCUCAAGGGCCACGUGGUGACAAGGGAGAGGCUGGUGAAUCUGGAGAGAGAGGACAGAAGGGACACAGAGGAUUCACUGGUCUUCAGGGUCUGCCCGGACCUCCAGGUACUUCUGGUGAUCAAGGUGCUACUGGUCCUGCUGGCCCCGGUGGUCCAAGAGGUCCUCCUGGCCCUGUUGGUCCUUCUGGAAAAGAUGGCUCUAAUGGUAUCCCUGGUCCAAUUGGUCCUCCUGGUCCACGUGGUCGUGGUGGUGAAACUGGUCCUGCUGGUCCUCCUGGUCAACCUGGUCCACCUGGUCCUCCUGGUCCUCCCGGCCCUGGCAUUGACAUGUCAGCAUUUGCUGGCCUAUCUCAACCUGAGAAGGGACCUGAUCCUAUGCGUUACAUGCGUGCUGACCAGGCCUCUAGCAAUCUCCGCCAACAUGAUGUUGAGGUCGAUGCCACUCUUAAAUCAUUGAACAACCAAAUCGAGAGCAUUCGUAGCCCAGAUGGAAGCAAGAAGAACCCAGCUCGUACUUGCCGUGACCUGAAACUGUGCCACCCUGACUGGAAGAGCGGUGACUACUGGAUUGACCCCAACCAGGGUUGCACUGUAGAUGCCAUUAAAGUCUUCUGUAACAUGGAAACUGGAGAAACAUGUGUAUACCCCAACCCAAGCAGGAUUCCCAAGAAGAACUGGUGGACAAGCAAGAGCAAGGACAAGAAGCACAUCUGGUUUGGAGAGACCGUCAAUGGUGGCUUCCAAUUCAGCUAUGGUGAUGACAGCUCUGCACCCAAUACUGCCAGCAUUCAGAUGACCUUCCUGCGCCUGCUCUCCACUGAUGCAUCACAGAAUAUAACCUACCACUGCAAGAACAGCAUUGCUUUCAUGGAUGAGGCUUCAGGCAACCUGAAAAAGGCUCUCCUUCUCCAGGGAUCCAAUGACGUUGAGAUCAGGGCUGAGGGCAACAGCAGAUUUACAUACAGUGCCUUGGAAGAUGGCUGCAAGAAACACACUGGCAAAUGGAGCAAGACAGUUAUAGAAUACAGGACACAGAAAACUUCCCGCCUGCCCAUCGUAGACAUUGCACCUAUGGAUAUUGGUGGAGCUGAUCAGGAAUUUGGCGUUGACAUUGGGCCAGUUUGCUUCUUGUAAAAACCAAAAAAGUAAAUAAAAAAAUAAAUAAAAACCCUAAGGACCUGAGUACUUUCCAAUCACUUUUAGGACUUCUGCACUGAAUGGCUGAACCGACCCCAAAUUUCCAUUCAUCCACGCGCUUACAUUUUGGACAUUUUAUCUUCUAUUGCAAGGCCAGAACUGGGCAGACUGCGGAAUAAAAUCAUGGUAUUAUUUAUUUAUUGUCUUCCUGUAAGACCUAUGGGUCAGGUGAAGGUGUGACACUAACUGGCAUGAUUGAAGGCCCCCUCCUAAACGAUGUACAAAGUGCAGUUUAAAGCAACCCUCCCCCCUCACAGUGUAUUCCAGCAGAAGUACUGUGUGUCAUUGAAUGAAAUGGUGCUAUUGUUGUAAAAAAGUUUGUAUUUUGUAACAUCAACUGAUAUAAAAAUAACUUUUUUGGAAAGUACAAGUUGAUCUGAGCUUUGUUCUUUUUACUUUUUUUUUUAUUAUACUGUAGAUAGCAAAACAAAAAAAGU